AUGGCCUAUCGACUACCGCCACCGUUAUUUUCUCUUAUGAGACAGGGUGUAGUCCUAGAGAUCAUUAACGAUAAUCCUCGAAGUCCGCAAAAGUCGGCGACGGCAGCUUCAUAUCUCAGAAGAAAACUUUUGCCGACUUCUGUUCGCUCCUGUGAAGGAGCUUACAUUCCAACACGGCUCCCUCGACGAAGCAAUAGAAGUAGCGCGAGCGAUACCAUGUUGUGUGGCGCUCCUCGCAAUAGCAAGGAUCGGAACAAGCAAUCUCGUUGGGCCGCCUGCGCAAUACAUCCUCUUCUCCUGGAAGAACGUCGAUUGUUACUGUUGAGGGAAGUUCAAAGAACAGACACAGCUUUUCCAUCCGAUCACGACGAUGGAGGUUCUAAUUCCUCGAGUAGUCUAGCAUCUGUGUUCCAAAUAGAAAGUGGUUGUAUAGACAUGCGAUUCCGCCGACGAUCACUGCGACACACCAGCGCUUUGAUUGAGCACAUACUUUCCCAACGAAAUACGGCGCAAGCCCAAAGUCCGAAGGUUCCCACCCGGCGUCGGUCGGUAGAGCAAGAAAAAGAGCGACAGCAAAGUCCACACAAAAACGAAGCCCAUCAAAUUACUGCGGAUUUUAUUCUUAAUAAGAUGCAGGUUCUGGAUUUUGCGGGACGACGCGAAAGCCCACCCUGUAAACCUACCCGCCGUUGUAGCGACGAACAUCAACGAUAUAUGACGCAGCAAGCGAUUGCCCAAGUGUUGGACGAAAUGGAGGACGACAAUGACUGCAAAAAAGACGACGAUGACGACGAAAAUGACAACGAGGAAGGAAUACUCGAGAAAAAGUCGGCGAAUGAAAAUCGGCGUCUCAGCGUACAACGAAACAAGGAGACUGCCGCUAUCGCGGAAGCCUUGUCGGAAAUGAAUCUGGAUAGUGAUGAAAACGCAGCGCAGGAAGACUCUACCUUUACCAGGGGAGGUCAACUCCAUCACACCGCAGGAUCCGAUAUACAAACAGGCCACACCUCUUUGAGAACAGCGCUUCGUAGAGCCAGCUUUCGUCCCAGUUUUACCCCUGAAAUAACCGAAACCGCCUUAGCACAAGCCCUGGUAGAGCUUGAUGACCAAUCGGAAAGUGGCGGAGACACCAGCCCCGACUGCGUUGCGCUCGUCCCCGCAGCAAUCUAA